CAGCUGAUCGCGCCGCCUGCGUUUCUUAGGAUCCGCAUCGCUCCCCGUAGGCUUCUGAAACAACAGGUCGUCGUAGGACACUUGGGGCUAACUCGGCUUCAUCAUCAUCAUCAUAUUAGCCGCUGCCGCUGCUGUUGUUGUUUACACGCCGUUUAAUGUCGUCGCAGCAGUCGCAGUAAUAACGACGGUGAUUACGAACACGAGGCCGUGUUGACGGAUCGGUGCGGUGGGGGGGGGGGGGUUCGACAACGCAACAAAGAGAGGCGGGCGAGCACAUUUUGUUGUUGUGAACAAUUGUCGGAGUGUGUGCGAGAGGCCCCCCCAAGGGCGAGAGGCAGCGAUGGUCUCCCCCGUGACCGUGGUGAAGAGCUGCGGGCCCAAGCUGGUGCCCUUCUUCAAGACGACGUGCAUCUACUUCGUGCUGUGGUUGCCCGCUAGCAGCGCCUCGUGGUUCAGCACACUCAUCAAGUGCCUGCCCAUCCUGUGCCUGUGCGCCUUCGUAGCGGCGCACGGCAUGAGCCUGCGGGCGCCGGUGCACGCGUACGCACGGCGCAUCCUCGCCGGCCUCGUCUUCUCGGCGCUGGGGGACGCCUGCCUCGUGUGGGAGGCCUACGGCUACUUCGAGCCGGGCAUGCUGAUGUUCGGCACGGCGCACGCCUUCUACCUGGCGGCGUUCGGCUUCCAGCCGCUCCGCUCUCGCUUGGGCCUGGUGCUGGGCGCGAGCGGGGCGGCCAUCUACGGCCUCAUGUUCCCCUGCCUGCCGUCGGGGCCCAUGCCGGCGCUGCUGGCCGCCUACUUCUCCCUCAUCAUCGGCAUGAUGUGGCGCGCCGCGGCCCGCGUGGGCCGCCCCUGGACGUGGAACCAGAUGUGCGCGUGCGUGGGGGCGGCGCUGUUCGUGGCCUCCGACCUGGCGCUGGCCAUCGACAAGUUCUGCACGCGGCUGGCGGCGGCGCCCGCCUUCGUCAUGAGCACCUACUACCUGGCGCAGAUGUGCAUCGCGCUCUCCGUCGUAGACUGCCGCGACGACGACGACGCCGCCGUCGCGGUCGCCGCGGCCAGACGGGACGGCGCCGUCGAGGGCGACGCCGACCCCGCGCCGCCGCCGUCGUCGCCGUGCCGACGCGUCGGUGACGACGGCGGCGACGGCGUCGCCCGCGGAGGGGUGCACCAACGCGCCGCCUUGUCGGCUCGAUAGUUACCUUGGCGAGCGUCGUCCGCGGCGGGUUGGUGGCUGCGUGGCGAGUUGGAGAUGGCUGUGUGUGGGGGGGGGAUGGAGAGCUGGAGAGUUAACUGGCUGGUUCACUGGAUAGCUGACGAGUUCGCUGGCUGUUUAGUCGACUGGCUACACGGCGGGCUGUGGUUGGGCGAGCGUUGGCCCCCCCACUGAGGCCGAAGUCUCUCCCCGUUCUCUCCUCGCGCCCUUCCCUGCCGUGGCCUUCGUGCGCGGUGCCCCCGCGUGGCGUCGAGCGUCACCUGACCCCGCGUCACCUGACCCCGGCGUCACCUGACCCCGGCGUCACCUGACCCCGGCGUCACCUGACCCCGGCGUCACCUGACCCCCGCGUCACCUGACCCCGGCGUCACCUGACCCCGGCGUCACCUGACCCCGGCGUCACCUGACCCCCGCGUCACCUGACCCCCGCGUCACCUGACCCCCGCGUCACCUGACCCCCGCGUCACCUGACCCCCGUGUCACCUGACCCCCGCGUCACCUGACCCCCGCGUCACCUGACCCCCGCGUCACCAAACGGGUGUCUGUGAAACCAGACGCCUCAUUAAAACGAGAACCUUGGGACACACGUCCCACCCACCCAAUCGUAGCCGCCUCCUGUUCUCGAUGAUGCCCACAACGCUUCCCUGCCACGUUCCUGUCCCCAAGUUGCGAGUGGCUCCCCUAUCGCGCCGUGACAAUUCCUGGCGUCUCUCCCGACUUUCGCCUUCGCUAACGCGGAGACGAACUAAACGAUUUCCGCAUUAGCAAAAAUGAUUCGUUCAACUAAUUGUUUGGCGCUGCCGCGUUAUUGACACAUUCGUCAAUAACGCUGCCUUAAAAUUAAAAAGUACAUACAUAAUCGGACGUAUAUAUUAUUUUCCUGUUAAGGCAACGUUAAAAAUGGAAAAUAAUUCGGUGCGUUUUUGGCAUUGGCGCCGUUAUUUUCAUGGCGCCAGGCGAUCAUCGUUGCGUGGAGGAACUUGCUGCUGUGUUGCGCAACGUCCUGCAGUCCUUUCUCACAGCUGGGGGGGGGGGGGGGGGGAGGUGGCGUAAUGAUGAUGCUGCCGCUUCUGCUGCAUCCUCACCCCCCCAUCGAGCAGUUUUCCGUGCCGCGUUCCGACCUUGGCAAAUGCCGUCACCUCGCGUGGAUCCACCACCGUGAAGCGGGCGGCGCCGGGUACCUGACGGUUAAUGCGCCCGCGCUGCCAACGCGAGGCCAACCGCAGCCCGCCGGGUAGCCGGCUCACGAGCCGGCAAGCUAGCCAGCUCUCUCGCCAUAACCAGGUCGGCCUGCCGGAUUCGCAACCUGCAAACUUCUUGCAAGGAGUCUGCUGAACCCACCCCCCCUCCCCC